GUUCCAGCGGACAAAGGAGCCAUGGACAAACGCAAGCUCAUGCUCGAUUCAUUGGACGCAGCCUUCGCGUCCAAGAAGCCCAAGAUCGUUCCUGUGUCCAGGAAUGCACCAAAGAAAGCGGCUCAAUUGCAACCAAAAUCUAACAAAGCCAACAAGGCCAACAAAGCUGGUGGGGCGCUCGACGUCAAGAUGAACCACCAGGCCAAGGCCCGAGAGUCCGUCAAGCAGACUGAACAGAAGAAAGACCCACCCAAUCCACUCUACUCGAAAGUCGACGGCUUGCUGUACACGACUAAAACGUCCAAGGACAAGUCGCGCCCACCUCUCAAGGACUUGGAGGAGAAGCUCAUGGCUUUGGCCUUGAUGAAGCAGUGCCAACCCAGCAUUUCAAGAGACGAAUCCCUGCUGGACAAGGUCAAGAACAAGGUUUUGCAGCUAGAUAACCCGCGCAAGGCCAAGUCGACCACCCAAACCGUCCCAAAUCCAGCCCUACAGUUUCCACAUCGAAUGAGCAUGAAGGUGCGACGGAAGCUUGGGCUCGUCAUCCCAUCCCUCCCCAUCAAUCAAGACGACGCCGCCGAACUCCAUCGACUAUGGAGUGCGUACAUGACGGAUUUCCUCGCUGAGAUCGUGUCAACAACAUCAAAUGCCGCCACCAUCGAGUCCUUUUCUGCAUGCUACUAUGGACCGAAGCUCCUCAAAGCAGACUUUCGAGGAUGCGAUCUCCGAGUGGUGCGGUCAUCGAACCCAACACUUCUGGGAACUCGCGGCAUUGUCGUGGAGGACCAGCGCAACACGUUCCGUAUGCUCAGUGCGUCCGGCUUGUUACAUUGUACGUGGUUGCCCCGUCCAGCCGUUCUAAUCUUCUCAAUAUUAUCGUUGUAGGCAUCCCAAAGAGUGGCCACAUCACGUUUGAAUUUGAAGUCGAUGGCAAGGCAUUUCGAGUCUCUGGGGACGACUUUCGAUCGAGGGAGUACUAUAGCUAGCUAGCCACCGUAUGUAUACCUUAUGGCUCAGUAAGUACCCACGAUUUUGCCUUAUCG